ACAGUAAAACAUGAGGACAUGAUUAGGCGACUGUGCUGUGUUUGCUGUGUAGCCUGUGCAACUACACCCUCCUGAGGUGACCGGAGAAUAUGAAGGGCUCGUUUUUCCAAGACCAAAGGGAGAGAGAAAAAGUGGGGAAAGGUCUCUUGGAACAAGCCGGGGAACUUCUUUAGAUAUGGUUCACCCUUUAGAAACUGCUGUUUCUCAUUGACACUGCUUUGGAUAAUAAUGAGCCACUAUAGGAGAUCCGGUCCAAGGUUGCACAGGCAUUGUGAGACCUGUUACAGCCGCCGCUGCAAAGCCUCCAUAGAGGUCUCGGUGUCAUGCAUGGUCAUCAACUGCCGCUUGCUCUGUGGGGCCUUCUUUCACAUGUGUAAAGAGGAUGAACACUCUCUGCUGUGUCCCAACGAGAAGGUACCCUGCAUUAAUGCUCACUAUGGCUGCCCUUUUAUCAUGCAUCGCUCUCAGCUGGCCAAACACCUUGAGGUGUGUCCUGCGAGCGUCAUCUGCUGCUCGAUGGAGUGGAACCGCUGGCCUGUCGAGAACCCAGAUGUCCCCUUGUAUACAAACCUUCUGAAAGAGCUUCACAAGCAGGAAUCACUGGACCUUUCCAUGGCACUGAGAGACCAGAAACAUCUAUGUGCCAGGUUGAAAAUGAGGAGCUGCUUUCCCGAGUUGAUGGAGGAACAAGAAGAAGAACCUGCUCCAAUGGAGGAGGACGACAAGGAGGAAGCAGUAGGAAGAGAGUCUGUGUGUAAUGGGAUUCAUGUUAACGGACAUGGAGGUUCAGUUUUAGUAAAUGAACCAUCGAAAUCUUGUGAGAAAUCUCUAAAUGAAGAUGUGGUCCUAAAUGGUACCAUCGACAAGGAGAAGUACAAUCUAUUCGAAAAGAUGUUCAGCAUGGAAAUGGGAGGUUGCAAGCAGGCGGAGGCAGAGGCGUCGAAAACAGAAGAUAAGAAAGGAAAAAAGAUGCCCUCUAAAGGUUCUUCGUUGACAAAGCCACAAGGAGCUUCUGUAGAGCCUGAGAAAGAGAACGCCGAUGUAUCCCAUGUGGAUUUCUCCAAAACUGGACUUGCACCUUGGCAGGAUGGCGUCCUGGAGAGACUCGGGCAGGUGGUGAAUCCCAGAGAAUUCAACAUGUACAUAGUGCAUCACGGGCGCAUGCUGAUCUCCUUCGGUCAGAUGGAUGCUUGCACGCCCAGAGAGAGAGAUUUUGUUUAUGGGAGCCUGGAGCCAAUACCAGUCCAGACUCUACGUUCUUUCAAAGUUCCCAGUAGUUACAAAGGAAAACGCAUUCAAUUUAGAGAAUGCUGUUCAAGAGUAUUGACUGAGCACAAGUGUGUCGACACAUCUGACCUGGAUGUAUCUGAGAAAAAAAUGGAUGAGAUGUUUGCAACCCUACUCUGUUCUGCAGAGGCUGAGACAAGGGGCCACAAAAUAAGCGAGACGGUGGCGACAGAUGGACUUUAUGUUGAUAUCGCAACACAGACGUAUAAUUUUGCCACAGCUCCCUUCAAAUACAAUGCAACUCUGACUGAAAUUACAGCAGACAGAGAUUUGAAACUUCACGUUGAGCUUGACACAGAAACGGUUACCCUCAGACACAACAAAUCCACUUCGGCUUUCACGUUCCUGUGUGGCCAUUUCUUCCGGCGGGAUGAAUUUGCCUCACACUUUAAGAACGUGCAUUUGGAUAUACAAUCCUGUCUUAGUGGCUGGUUUGAGCAGAGAUGCCCUCUGGCCUACCUUGGUUGUACCUUCAUUCAGAGAGGAUUACAGCCCACCACACACAGGGCCAAAGUCUCCUAUAACCAAGACCUCAGUAUUUUCACCCUCACACCUGAGGUUCCUGCCUCUCUCAUGGGCGAUUUGCAGACUGUUGCACUAAAGGCACAUGUCAAAAAUGAAGAUUCUCUCAGUAACCUUCCCUUUGAGGUGCUUCACCACAUCGCUGGUUACCUGGAUAGUUUCACUUUGUCCCAACUAGCCUUGGUCUCACGAUUGUUCAGGGAUAUAUGUGCCACGCUUCUGCAGGAGAGAGGAAUGGUGGCCUUUAAGUGGCAUAAGAAGUCAUACUCUCAUGGAGGAGCCCGCUGGAAACCUACCAUAGUCUGGGAGUUCAGUACUCUUUUUAGCAAAGUGGAUAACUGGUGCAUCGGCAACACACCAUCAAUGGCUGAGCACCUGAAACACUGUCCAUUCUACCAAACUGAACUGAAAACUGAGCCUUUUGCUCUGGCCAAAAUGUUUGACAACAAAGGAAAGGGGAAACACGGUUUGGUUUCUUUGUUUAUGGGACGCAAAUGAUACUGUAACUUUUAUCUUGAAUUGCUGCAUGAACUCCAUAAGUAUGUGUAAAAUCUGAUUUGCUUACUUGAUUAGUGGCCUAGAAAUAAUGCAGAAUCUUAUUAAUUUUUUUGGUUAUUUAUUAAUAAUUUUAUUUCUAGGUUUAAAUAAAAUUUGGGAUCUUAGAUUCUUAAGAUUUUUCUCUUAAAUGAGACCUUACUUAUGCUUUUAGUGCAAAGGGUUCAUGAACUGUAUCUGUUUUAGUUUGGGUAUGUCAUUUCUUGGGAUUUUCCAAAAGCGGGGGUGCUGGCUAACAGGUUAAUAUCUAACUGAAUGUAACCUUCUAUUCUCUCUGUAAAACUUCUGUUAAGUUUUCAUUAAAGCAGCAUGUGAUUAUAGUCUUAUGACUUGAUUAUCAUAGA